GUACUGGAAAAGCCGGACGUAGUAGAUAUAUAUAAGCUUUGUCCAUGUCAAGUAUACCGCUGUCUGUCAGUGUGUAGUAUCGACGAUCCUUCCCUACUAGCCUACCUUACCCUGAUCUACUAUUCCCACUUUCGCAAUUAUGCGUCUCACCCCGGUUCUCUAUGCCUCUGUCCUAGGCCUCGUCCGCCAAGUCCAAGCUUGGGACCCUCCUGGCUAUGGAGGUUUCAACCUCGUGUGGACUGAUACCUUUGGUGGUUCUGGCGGCAGCUCGCCCAACCAAGGCAACUGGAAUCUGAUUACUGGCAGUCUUGGUGUCAACAAUGAGCUGGAGUACUACACGUCAAGCACACGCAACGUGCAGUUGAGUGGCGGCAACACGCUGCAAAUCGUCCCGUGGAGAGAUGGCUCUGCUCCCAACGGAUGGACAUCUGGCCGCCUUGAAAGCAAGUACGUCUUCAGUCCCAAUAACGGGCGUGUCACUCGUGCCGAGGCUCUCAUUCGCUUCGGCGGAAACAACCCUGGCAACAAGCAAGGCAUUUGGCCUGCCUUUUGGCUCCUUGGUGAUUCUAUCCGUCAUGGUGGUGGCUGGCCCGCCUGCGGUGAAAUUGAUGUCCUGGAGACAGUCGAUGGUAGACUUACUGGCUACGGUACAAUGCACUGCGAUCAGUUUCCUGGUGGUAUCUGCAACGAGGGCAAUGGUAUCGGCUCGUCUAUUGGUAUCCCCGACCAGAGCUGGCACACCUGGCGUGUGGAAUGGGACCUCACCAACGGAGACUGGACGCAGCAGAGCAUUUCGUGGUUCAUGGACGGCCAGCUAUUCCAGCGCAUCACCGGCUCUCGCAUCAACAACUACAACGUUUGGAACGCUGUGGCCCACAGCAACGUCUUCUUCAUCCUCAACGUCGCCGUUGGUGGCAACUGGCCUGGCAACCCAGAUGGCAACACCCAAGAUGGUUAUGGCAGCAUGAUGGAAGUUGCCUACGUUGCCCAGUACUCAACAUAGUCAGCCCAAAACUAGAUAUUUGGGACGGUCGCCUCUUUUUACUUCUUGUACAUAUUCAUUCGCUUACAAACUUUGUACACACUUUAUACUGUAUAUAUACAAUUCUCCCUUUCUAUCAAUUCCAUCA